AGGUUGGAUUAUUGCAAUGCACUCUACGUGGGGCUCCCCUUGAAGACGGCCUGGAAACUUCAAUUAGUCCAACGAUCGGCAGCCAGACUGUUAACCGGAACAACUUACAAGGAGCGGUCAACCCCCUGUUCAAGGAGCUCCAUUGGCUGCCGGUCAUUUUCCCAUCCCAAUUCAAGCUGCAGCUCACUUGGAGCAUGUGAAGCAAGCUGAGGAACUGAGUUCCAGUAUGUGGUAUAUAAUGCAGAGCAUUCAGAGUAAAUAUUCUUUGUCAGAGCGUUUGAUCCGAACUAUAGCAGCUAUCAGAUCCUUCCCACAUGACAAUGUUGAAGACCUUAUCAGGAGGGGUGCGGAUGUUAACUGUAUGCAUGGUACAUUGAAACCACUACACUGUGCUUGCAUGGUUGCCGAUGCCGACUGCAUUGAGCUGUUGUUGGAAAAAGGAGCUGAGGUCAAUGCCCUUGAUGGGUACAACCGAACAGCUCUCCAUUAUGCGGCAGAGAAGGAUGAGACCUGUGUGGAAAUCCUCUUAGAAUACGGGGCAAAUCCAAAUGCCUUGGAUGGCAACAAGGACACACCCCUCCACUGGGCCGCCUUUAAGAACAAUGCUGAAUGCGUCCGAACACUCUUAGAAAGUGGUGCCUUUGUCAAUGCUCUGGAUUACAACAAUGACACCCCCCUGAGCUGGGCAGCAAUGAAGGGGAACCUAGAAAGCGUGAGCAUCCUUCUGGAAUAUGGGGCUGAGGUCCGGGUGGUCAACCUGAAAGGGCAGACCCCAAUAUCGAGGGUGGUUGCCCUCCUGGUCAGAGGACUUGGCACUGAGAGGGAAGACUCCUGCUUUGACCUCCUCCACCAAGCGGUUGGACACUUUGAAUUGCGUAAGAACGGGGCCAUGCCCCGGGAAGUCCUGCGGGAUCAGCAGCUGUGUGAGAAACUGACCACGCUCUGCUCUGCCCCAGGCACCUUAAAGACGCUGUCACGGUAUGCAGUGCGCCACAGCCUGGGAGUGCAAUUCCUGCCAGAUGCCGUGAAGGAACUGCCUUUGCCUGAAUCGCUGAAAGAAUAUGUGCUGCUUAAGUGACAGCUGAAAGCUUUGUUGGAGUCUGUUAAUCGUGCAGAUUGGUUGAUUUCUGUGCAGCUGCUUUCUGGGCACUUUGCACUGAUCGUUGCAGUGACAUGGAUAGAUUUUACAGCACUGUCUGUAAUCUCACAGGCAAAUGUGAAUCCUCCUCCCUCUGCUCUCAGUCAAUUUCCCUCAGCUUUUCCUUGUGCUACAAUUAGUGUAGGAUUAUUUUUCCCAAAUGAAGGAGGGUGGAAGAUAUUUUUCCUCACUCUUUGCAACUUUGUGGCCUCAAAAGAGUACUGUUCAGCUACUGCAGCAGAGUUCUGCAGAUUUCUGUUCUCUAAUAUUUAAUGGACAGAAAAUAGAGGCAUCUUCUCUCAGAGCUGUUUAAUGAGUUGGGGUGGGACAAAAAAGUACCAAUGAAUUUUGUUAUAGCAAAGCAGUUCAGUGAUUUAAUAACCCUGAUUCAAGCUGUUAAGGGAUGACAGGCCUGUCUUGCCAACUGGUUUGCUACCAGGAACAAGGUUUUCUAAGGGUUAUGCGGGCUUGAUGGAUUUAAACAAUCUGAAAAGCUAAUCUACACCUGUCCAGAUCAGGGGAUCCUUUUCUAGUACACCAUCUUCUUGUCCAGUGAGAGGUGCCAAAUUGAUCUCGACAAGAAGAAUUAUCUCACAAUUCCUGGACCAGGUUUUGUUGUUAUUCUACAGAAUAAAAAGGUAGAGUCCUGAUGUGAUGGUUUUAUGUUACUUCAGUCUAGUUGGAGGUUGGUUUGUGAGUGAGGGAGAAGCACAAGCUUGCUGCAAAUAGAAAGCUAAUAGCUCACAGGAAAUAGGUUCUUAAGCUGCUCUGGUUUUUGUUUGUGCAGUAAACAAGUAUUCAGAAAUAUAUAUGAAUAUGAGAAUUGGAAGUGUAAAGUAAUAGAUUAUAUUCCCACCUCAUUCUAUGUUUAGACUAAGCCUUAUUGAAGUUGUCUCAGAGGAUUCCUUCAAAAGAAGUCAGGUAAAAUUGUUUCAAAGCUAGUCAAAGUCUUCCCCCCUCCCUUAAUUUCCUUGUAAAAAUCACUAGUGAGACAGCUCUCAGUACAUCAAUAGACUCCAUGCAUUGUGUAGUGAUAUGGAAGUUAAUUCCUGUCCACACUGUGUGUUUGAUGGCUUUAAAGCUGAAGAAGCACAUUUUUAACUUUUGUAGGGCCACAGCAUUUCUGGGCUCUUUUCAUCAAGUUUUGCAGCAGUAGUUUUAUAAUCUGUUCAGGUGUUUACUGGUUUGCUUUCACUCAUGCCUUGACACUUGUACAACUUUUCUUUCAGCAGCUAUGUAUAUACGUAUAGAGGUGGUUGUAUUUUUAAACUUAUAUAUUGGACAUUAUGAAUUGGAGAAAAAAAAAACCCUGAAAGCUACAACGUGCAUUUGCUCCCUCUCCCAUCUCCAUUGGGUACAGGUCCCUUAGUGCCAAGCAACUACUGCAUGCUUCUGAUAUUGCUGUCUUCACAAUUUCUACCUGCUGCCUUAGGUCUCUGCCUAAACAAGUCUUAGACCUGAAUAAUUGGACAAAUCAGCCUUUUCUUGGACCAGAACAAGGGCUGCUAUCUAGAAACCCAGGGGUUUAAUUAGGAUUUUGAUUUCUAAGAACAGAGUAUGCUUCUGAGAGUCUUCAACUCUUAAAGCAUAGCUGUUUGGAGAGUUCUUGGGUGUCUCCCCUCCCUCAAGAUGGCAUAUUGGUUGGACAUUUGCAGAGUGAUGCUGGCAACUGAGUGGGAUGGGUUGGAUGCAAUUCUGUCGGAAGGAGACUGAGCAGAUGCACCCACUAAUUAUGGCAACAGGGGCAUAAUGAUCGCCUUCAAUCAAGACAAUCUUUGUUGUCAACUGAUCCUUCUCAAGUCCAGUGUUCUCCAGAUGUGAUGGAACAGCACCUACCAUCCUCAGCCAGCUUGGCUUUUGGCUUUGCUGUCUGGUUUGACAGGAGUUGUAGUCCAAUACAUUUAAAUGCAGGACGGAAAGGUCGAACCACUGCUGCAGUUGUCUUCCUUAGAGAAUUUAUCCUCUUUGCCUGCAGUCUUCUGUCCCAUGGGCUUGAAUCUGUCCUAGCAGAUCUUUUGCAAGGAACAAAUCAUGAUGUAAGCUUCGAGUAUCCCUUUCCAAGAAUAUUGUUACUCUGAGGAAGGUUAUUGAGCGAAUUACUUGUGUGAGAUAUUAACAGUUUGUUGAUUAAAUGUGUUGUGUACUGAA